AUGAUAAGUAGGCCUAUACCUGUUCAAGAGGAGAUGAGUACACCUGUUCAAGAGGAGUUGAGUACACCUGUUCAAGAGGAGAUGAGUACAUCUGAACAAGAGCAGAUGAGUACAUCUGUACAAGAGGAGAUGAGUACAUCUGUACAAGAGCAGAUGAGUACAUCUGUACAAGAGGAGAUGUGUACAUCUGUACAAAAGAUGAUAAUUAGGCCUAUACCUGUUCAAGAGGAGAUGAGUACACCUGUACAAGAGCAGAUGAGUACAUCUGUACAAGAGGAGAUGAGUACACCUAUACAAGAGCAGAUGAGUACACCUGUACAAGAGGAGAUGAGUACACCUGUACAAGAGGAGAUGAGUACACCUAUACAAGAGCAGAUGAGUACACCUGUACAAGAGGAGAUGAGUACACCUGUACAAGAGGAGAUGAGUACACCUGUACAAAAGGAGAUGGGUACACCUGUACAAGAGGAGAUGAGUACACCUAUACAAGAGCAGAUGAGUACACCUGUACAAGAGGAGAUGAGUACACCUGUACAAGAGGAGAUGAGUACACCUGUACAAAAGGAGAUGGGUACACCUGUACAAGAGGAGAUGAGUACACCUGUACAAAAGGAGAUGGGUACACCUGUACAAGAGGAGAUGAGUACACCUGUACAAGAGGAGAUAAGUACACCUGUACAAGAGGAGAUGAGUACACCUGUACAAGAGGAGAUGAGUGCACCUGUACAAGAGGAGAUAAGUACACCUGUACAAGAGGAGAUAAGUACACCUGUACAAGAGGAGAUGAGUACAUCUGUACAAAAGGAGAUGAGUACACCUGUACAAAAGGAGAUGAGUACACCUGUACAAGAGAAGAUGAGUACACCUGUACAAGAGGAGAUGAGCUCUAGGGGGUAUGCUGGGAAACUCGGGUUUGUUAGAUCUUUGUACAGUUGCUGGAAUCUAAGGCAAUACAACAAUCUAAUGGAUGAGAUGUACUUAUGA